CCUUGAUAGGCCAGCAAGCAGUCAGUCACCAGCUCCUGAGCUCCCUUUUGUGGAUCGUCUUUUAUUGCUAGGCCACUUUUCCUUCAGAGCCCCAGGGAGCAGCUUCAGGAAGCAAUGAGAUGGCAAAGAGGAGGCUGAAGAAGUUUUCCACGUUGGAGCUGGUGCUCAUAGUGCUCCUGCUUUUGCUGUUUAUCAUCGCCACUGUUCUCAUUGUGUUUUUAGCCAAUCCCAAAGAAAUAGAUGCUGUAGAUCCUGGGACGACUGCUACUCCAGAUCCAGUGACCACCAGAACCACUACUAUUUCUGUUGAGUGUCCAGUAGGGAAUGAGUUGGAACGGAUUAACUGCAUCCCUGACAAGUUACCUACAAAGGAUACAUGUGACCAGCGGGGCUGCUGCUGGCAACCCCAGCAAGCCAGCGAUGUUCCGCAGUGUUACUAUUCGAGGAAUCGCGGCUACCAAAUGGAGGGUGAUAUUGUAAAGACAAAUGCAGGAUUUACAGCCCAGCUGAAAAGUCUGCCUUCUUCAUCCCUGUUUGGAAAUGAUGUUGACAGCAUCCUUCUCACAGCUGAAUACCAGACAUCUAACCGUUUCCACUUUAAGUUGACUGACCCGAGCAAGAACAGAUAUGAAGUACCCCAUGAGCAUGUGCAGCCCUUCCACGGAAAUGCUGCUUCUUCCUUGAACUAUGAUGUGGAGGUCUCCAAGAUGCCAUUUAGCAUAAAAAUACUCAGAAGAAGCAAUAAUCAUGUUCUGUUUGACUCAAGCAUCGGGCCCCUGUUGUUCUCAGACCAGUUCCUGCAGCUGUCCACCCGGCUGCCCAGCGCAAACGUGUAUGGCCUCGGGGAACACGUCCACCAGCAGUACCGGCACGACAUGAACUGGAAGACUUGGCCCAUAUUUACCAGGGACACAACCCCCAAUGAGGAUGGAACUAACUUGUAUGGUGCUCAGACAUUCUUCCUGUGCCUUGAAGAUGCAAGUGGAUCAUCCUUUGGGGUGUUUCUGAUGAACAGCAAUGCCAUGGAGGUUGAGCUCCAGCCUGCUCCAGCCAUCACAUAUCGCACGAUCGGGGGCAUACUGGAUUUCUAUGUGUUCUUAGGAAACACACCUGAGCAAGUUGUACAAGAAUAUCUAGAGCUUAUUGGACAGCCAGCCCUACCUUCCUACUGGGCACUUGGAUUUCACCUCAGCCGGUAUGACUAUAAAAGCCUAGAUAACAUGAAAGUCGUUGCAGAUAGGAACCGUGCAGCACAGCUCCCCUAUGAUGUUCAGCAUGCAGAUAUCGAUUACAUGGAUGAGAGGAAGGACUUCACUUACAAUCCUGUGGAUUAUAAAGGCUUCCCUGAGUUUGCUAGGGAGCUGCACAAUCACGGACAGAAGCUUGUCAUUAUUGUGGACCCAGCCAUUUCCAACAACUCUUCCUCAAGCAAACCCUAUGGCCCAUAUGACAGGGGCACUGGGAUGAAGGUCUGGGUGAAUGCUUCAGAUGGUAUAAAUCCAGUCAUUGGAGAGGUCUGGCCUGGGAAAUCUGUGUUUCCUGAUUAUACCAAUCCCACUUGUGUUGUUUGGUGGACAAAGGAGUUUGAAAUCUUCUACAGAGAUGUGGAGUUUGAUGGAAUCUGGAUUGAUAUGAAUGAGGUUGCCAACUUCCUUGAUGGUUCAAUUUUAGGAUGUGCCACGAACAACUUGAAUUUUCCUCCCUUCAUCCCAAAGAUUCUAGAUGGGCGCCUGUUCUCUAAGACUCUCUGCAUGGAUGCGCUGCAGCACUGGGGCAGACAUUAUGAUGUCCACAACCUAUACGGCUACUCCAUGGCGAUCGCCACAGCAGAAGCGGUCAAGACCGUGUUCCCUAAUAAGAGGAGCUUCAUCCUCACACGCUCUACCUUCGCGGGCUCUGGCAAGUUUGCAGCCCAUUGGUUAGGGGACAACGCCGCCACCUGGAGGGAUCUGCAGUGGUCCAUCCCUGGCAUGCUCGAGUUCAACCUUUUUGGUAUCCCAAUGGUGGGGGCAGACAUAUGUGGCUUUGCACUGGACACCUCUGAGGAGCUCUGCAGGCGCUGGAUGCAGCUGGGGGCUUUCUAUCCAUUUUCCAGGAACCACAAUGGCCAAGGCUACAUGGACCAGGAUCCUGCCUCCUUUGGAGCUAACUCCUUGCUGCUGCAGUCUUCCAAGCACUACCUGAACAUCCGCUACACUCUGCUGCCUUACCUCUACACGCUCUUCUUCCACGCCCACAGCCGGGGAGGCACGGUGGCCAGGCCCCUUCUGCACGAGUUCUAUGAGGACAGCAACACUUGGGACAUCCACCGACAAUUCCUUUGGGGCGCAGGCCUCCUCAUCACUCCAGUUCUGGAUGAGGGUGUCGAGAAAGUGUCGGCGUAUGUGCCUGACGCCGUCUGGUAUGAUUACGAGACUGGUGAGAAACUGAAAUGGAGGAAGCAAAAAAUCGAGAUGGAACUUCCUGGAGACAAAAUUGGACUUCACCUUCGAGGAGGCUACGUGUUCCCCACACAACAGCCAAGCACAACCACUACAGCCAGCCGGAAGAACCCACUUGGUCUCAUUGUCGCCCUGGAUGAGAACAACGAAGCCAAAGGAGAGCUGUUCUGGGAUGAUGGACAGACGAAGGAUACCGUGGCCAGCAACAUUUACAUUUUAUGUGAAUUUUUUGCCACACAAAAUGCUUUGGAUAUCACUGUUUCAAAAUCAACCUACAAGGAUCCUAAUAAUCUAGCAUUUCAGGAGAUUAAAAUCCUUGGGACCCAGGAAAUUUACAAUGUUACAGUGAAACAGAAUGGUGUCGUUGGUCCAAUGUCUCCUCAAGUCACCUAUGAUCCUAGCCUGAGGGUUGCCACUAUCUCAAAUAUCAGUCUUCUACUGGGAGACGCAUACACGGUGGAAUGGCACAUCAACAUGAGGGAUGAGGAGAAAAUUGACUGUUACCCUGAUGCGCAUGGCGUUUCUGAAGCAGACUGCACUGCCCGUGGCUGUGUGUGGGAGGCAUCCACCACUGCUGGAGUCCCUCAUUGCUACAUUGUCAAUGACCUGUACUCUGUCAGCAAUAUUCGAUAUGACUCACAUGGGGCCACAGCUGACAUCUCCUUGAAGGCUUCUCUUUAUAGCAAUGCCUUCCCCUCCACACCUGUGAACCCCCUUCGCCUGCAAGUGACCUACCACCAGAAUGAAAUGCUGCAGUUCAAGAUUUAUGAUCCCAACAACAAACGCUAUGAAGUCCCAGUCCCUCUCAAUGUCCCCAGUGCUCCAUCCGGCACCCCUGACAGCCGGCUCUACGAUGUCCUCAUCAAGAAGAAUCUGUUUGGCAUUGAAAUUCGCCGAAAGAGUACAGGCUCCGUGAUCUGGGACUCUCAGCUCCUGGGCUUCACCUUCAACGACAUGUUCAUCCGCAUCUCCACCCGCCUGCCCUCCACCUACAUCUACGGCUUUGGGGAGAAUGAGCACAGGACCUUUAGGCAAGACCUGAACUGGCACACGUGGGGCAUGUUUUCCAGGGACGAGCCCCCAGGGUACAAGAAGAAUUCCUAUGGUGUCCAUCCCUACUACCUGGGGCUGGAGGAGGAUGGCAGUGCCCACGGAGUCCUCCUGCUGAACAGCAAUGCCAUGGAUGUGACCUUUCAGCCCCUGCCUGCCCUGACGUACCGUACCAUAGGGGGAGUUCUGGACUUUUAUGUGUUCCUGGGGCCAACUCCGGAGCUUGUGACCCAGCAGUACACAGAGUUGAUUGGUCGGCCUGUGAUGGUCCCCUACUGGUCCCUGGGGUUCCAGCUGUGUCGCUACGGAUACGAGAAUGACACCGAGAUCUCCCGCUUAUAUGAUGACAUGGUGGCUGCCCAGAUACCCUACGACGUGCAGUACUCUGACAUCGACUACAUGGAGCGGCAGCUGGACUUCACCCUCAGCCCCAAGUUCUCCGGGUUCCCAGACCUGAUCAACCGCAUGAGGGCCGACGGCAUGCGGGUCAUCCUCAUCCUGGAUCCAGCCAUUUCUGGCAACGAGACGCAGCCCUACCCUGCCUUCACUCGGGGUGUGGAGGAUGACGUCUUCAUCAGGUUCCCCAAUGGUGGAGACAUCGUCUGGGGAAAGGUCUGGCCUGAUUACCCUAAUAUAACUGUGGACAGCUCUCUAGACUGGGACAGUCAAGUGGAGCAAUAUAGAGCUUAUGUGGCCUUCCCAGACUUUUUCCGCAAUUCAACUGCCACAUGGUGGAAGAGGGAGAUGGCAGAACUCUACAACAACCCCCGGAAUCCAGAGAAGAGCUUGAAGUUUGAUGGCAUGUGGAUUGAUAUGAAUGAACCCUCAAGCUUUGUGAACGGAGCAGUUCCUUCUGGAUGCAGUGAUCCUUCUCUGAACCAUCCUCCCUACAUGCCACACGUGGAGGGCAGGGACAGGGGCCUGAGCAGCAAGACUCUGUGCAUGGAGAGCGAGCAGAUCCUGCCUGACGGCUCGCGGGUGCGGCACUAUGACGUGCACAGCCUGUACGGGUGGUCCCAGACCAGGCCCACCUAUGAAGCGGUGCAGGAGGUGACAGGAGAGAGAGGGAUCGUCAUCACGCGCUCCACCUUCCCCUCUUCUGGCCACUGGGCGGGACACUGGCUGGGAGACAACACGGCUGCGUGGGACCAGCUGGGCAAAUCCAUCAUUGGCAUGAUGGAGUUCAGCCUCUUUGGCAUAUCCUACACCGGGGCAGAUAUCUGUGGGUUCUUUCAAGAUGCUGAAUAUGAGAUGUGUGCUCGCUGGAUGCAGCUGGGAGCCUUUUACCCCUUCUCCAGGAACCACAACACCAUUGGGACCAGGAGACAAGACCCUGUGUCCUGGGACGAUGCCUUUGUGAACAUUUCCCGAAGUGUGAUGCAGACCAGAUACACCCUGCUGCCCUAUCUGUACACGUUGAUGCACAAGGCCCACACGGAGGGCACCACUGUCGUGCGGCCGCUUCUCCACGAGUUUGUGUCUGACAGAAACACUUGGGAGAUAGACAGACAGUUCCUGCUGGGUCCUGCCUUCCUGGUCAGCCCUGUGCUGGAGCCUAAGGUCAGAAAUGUCAACGCGUAUUUCCCUCAAGCCCGCUGGUAUGACUACUACACAGGUGCUGAUAUCAAUGCAAAGGGCCAGUGGAGGACCUUGGCGGCCCCUCUUGACCACAUUAACCUUCAUGUCCGUGGGGGACACAUCCUAGCCACCCAGAAGCCUGCCCUGAACACCUACUUAAGUCGGCAGAACCCUCUUGGUCUCAUCGUCGCCCUGGAUGAGAACAAUGAAGCGAAAGGAGAACUGUUCUGGGAUGAUGGGCGGUCGAAGGAUACUGUGGUCAAUAAUGUUUAUAUUUUAUGUGGAUUUUCUGCCACCCCAAAACGCCUGGAUAUGACCAUUUCAAAAUCAACUUACAAGGACCCCAAUAAUGUAGCAUUUCAAGAGAUUAAAAUCCUUGGGACACAAGAAAUUAGCAAAGUUAUAGUGAAGCACAAUGGUGUUUUAAGUCAGAUGUCUCCUCAAGUCUCUUAUGAUCCUAACCUGAAGGUUGCCACCAUCACAAAUAUCAACCUUAUAUUGGGAGAAGCUUACACGGUGGAGUGGGACAUCAACAUGAGGGAUGAGGAGAAAAUAGACUGCUACCCUGAUGCGCAUGGUGUUUCCGAAGGAAACUGCAUUGCCCGCGGCUGUGUGUGGGAGGCAUCCACCACUGCUGGCGUCCCUCACUGCUACAUUGUCAAUGACCUGUACUCUGUCAGCAAUAUUCAGUAUGACUCACAUGGAGCCACAGCUGACAUCUCCUUGAAGGCUUCUCUUUAUAGCAACGUCUUCCCUUCCACACCUGUGAACCCCCUUCGCCUGCAAGUGACCUACCACAUGAAUGAAAUGCUGCAGUUUAAGAUUUAUGAUCCCAACAACAAACGCUAUGAAGUCCCAGUCCCUCUCAGUGUCCCCAGUGCUCCAUCCGGCACCCCUGACAGCCGGCUCUACGAUGUCCUCAUCAAGCAGAAUCCGUUUGGCAUUGAAAUUCGUCGAAGAAGUACAGGCUCUGUGAUCUGGGACUCUCAGCUCCUGGGCUUCACCUUCAACGACAUGUUCAUCCGCAUCUCCACCCGCCUGCCCUCCACCUACAUCUACGGCUUUGGGGAGAACGAGCACAGGACCUUUAGGCAAGACCUGAACUGGCACACGUGGGGCAUGUUUUCCAGGGACGAGCCCCCAGGGUACAAGAAGAAUUCCUAUGGUGUCCAUCCCUACUACCUGGGGCUGGAGGAGGAUGGCAGUGCCCACGGAGUCCUCCUGCUGAACAGCAACGCCAUGGAUGUGACAUUCCAGCCCCUGCCUGCCCUGACAUAUCGUACCACAGGGGGAAUUCUGGACUUUUAUGUGUUCCUGGGGCCAACUCCAGAGCUUGUGACCCAGCAGUACACAGAGUUGAUUGGUCGGCCUGUGAUGGUCCCUUACUGGUCCCUGGGGUUCCAGCUGUGUCGCUAUGGAUACGAGAAUGACUCUGAGAUCGCCAGCUUGUAUGACGACAUGGUGGCUGCCCAGAUCCCCUACGAUGUGCAGUACUCUGACAUCGACUACAUGGAGCGGCAGCUGGACUUCACCCUCAGCCCCAAGUUCUCCGGGUUCCCAGACCUGAUCAACCGCAUGAGGGCCGACGGCAUGCGGGUCAUCCUCAUCCUGGAUCCAGCCAUCUCUGGCAACGAGACGCAGCCCUACCCUGCCUUCACUCGGGGUGUGGAGGAUGACGUCUUCAUCAGGUUCCCCAAUGGUGGAGACAUCGUCUGGGGAAAGGUCUGGCCUGAUUACCCUAAUAUAACUGUGGACAGCUCUCUAGACUGGGACAGUCAAGUGGAGCAAUACAGAGCCUAUGUGGCCUUCCCAGACUUUUUCCGCAAUUCAACUGCCACAUGGUGGAAGAGGGAGAUGGCAGAACUCUACAACAACCCCCGGAAUCCAGAGAAGAGCUUGAAGUUUGAUGGCAUGUGGAUUGAUAUGAAUGAGCCCUCGAGCUUUGUGAAUGGAGCAGUCCCUUCUGGCUGCAGUGACGCUGCUCUGAACCAUCCUCCCUACAUGCCACACGUGGAGGGCAGGGACAGGGGCCUGAGCAGCAAGACUCUGUGCAUGGAGAGCGAGCAGAUCCUGCCUGACGGCUCGCGGGUGCGGCACUAUGACGUGCACAGCCUGUACGGGUGGUCCCAGACCAGGCCCACCUAUGAAGCGGUGCAGGAGGUGACAGGAGAGAGAGGGAUCGUCAUCACGCGCUCCACCUUCCCCUCUUCUGGCCGCUGGGCGGGACACUGGCUGGGAGACAACACGGCUGCGUGGGACCAGCUGGGCAAAUCCAUCAUUGGCAUGAUGGAGUUCAGCCUCUUUGGCAUAUCCUACACCGGGGCAGAUAUCUGUGGGUUCUUUCAAGAUGCUGAAUAUGAGAUGUGUGCUCGCUGGAUGCAGCUGGGAGCCUUUUACCCCUUCUCCAGGAACCACAACACCAUUGGGACCAGGAGACAAGACCCUGUGUCCUGGGACGAUGCCUUUGUGAAUAUUUCCCGAAGUGUGAUGCAGACCAGAUACACCCUGCUGCCUUAUCUGUACACGUUGAUGCACAAGGCCCACACGGAGGGCGCCACUGUCGUGCGGCCGCUUCUCCAUGAAUUUGUGUCAGAUCGAGAAACCUGGGAGAUAGACAGACAGUUCCUGCUGGGUCCUGCCUUCCUGGUCAGCCCUGUGCUGGAGCCUAAUGUCACAAAUGUCAGUGCGUACUUCCCUCAAGCCCGCUGGUAUGACUACUACACAGGUGCUGAUAUCAAUGCCAAGGGCCAGUGGAGGACCUUGGCGGCCCCUCUUGACCACAUUAACCUUCAUGUCCGUGGGGGACACAUCCUAGCCACCCAGAAGCCUGCCCUGAACACCUACUUAAGCCGGCGGAACCCUCUUGGUCUCAUCAUUGCCCUGGAUGAGAACAACGAAGCGAAAGGAGAACUGUUCUGGGAUGAUGGGCGAACGAAGGAUACUGUGGCCAAUGGUGUUUACAUUUUGUGUGGAUUUUCUGCCACCCAAAAACACUUGGAUGUGACCAUUUCAAAAUCAACCUACAAGGACCCCAAUAAUGUAACAUUUCAAGAGAUUAAAAUCCUUGGGACACAGGAAAUUAGCAAAGUUACAGUGAAGCACAAUGGUGUUUUAAGUCAGAUGUCUCCUCAAGUCUCUUACGACCCUAACCUGAAGGUUGCCACUAUCACAAAUAUCAAUCUUCUACUGGGAGACGCAUACACGGUGGAAUGGGACAUCAACAUAAAGGAUGAGGAGAAAAUUGACUGUUACCCUGAUGAGCAUGGUGUUUCUGAAGCAGACUGCAUUGCCCGUGGCUGUGUGUGGGAGACAUCCACGACUGCUGGUGUCCCUCACUGCUUCAUUGUCGAUGACCUGUACUCUGUCAGCAAUAUUCAGUAUGAUUCACAUGGGGCCACAGCUGACAUCUCCUUAAAGGCUUCUCUUUAUAGAAACGCCUUCCCUUCCACACCUGUGAACCCUCUUGCCCUGCAAGUGACCUACCACAAGAAUGAAAUGCUACAGUUUAAGAUUUAUGACCCCAACAGCCAGCGGUAUGAAGUCCCAGUCCCUCUCAACGUCCCCAGUGCUCCAUCCGGCACCCCUGACAGCCGGCUCUACGAUGUCCUCAUCAAGCAGAAUCCGUUUGGCAUUGAGAUUCGCCGGAAGAGUACAGGCUCCGUGAUCUGGGACUCUCAGCUCCUGGGCUUCACCUUCAACGACAUGUUCAUCCGCAUCUCCACCCGCCUGCCCUCCACCUACAUCUACGGCUUUGGGGAGAACGAGCAUAGGACCUUUAGGCAAGACCUGAACUGGCACACGUGGGGCAUGUUUUCCAGGGACGAGCCCCCAGGGUACAAGAAGAAUUCCUAUGGUGUCCAUCCCUACUACCUGGGGCUGGAGGAGGAUGGCAGUGCCCACGGAGUCCUCCUGCUGAACAGCAACGCCAUGGAUGUGACCUUUCAGCCCCUGCCUGCCCUGACGUACCGUACUACAGGGGGAGUUCUGGACUUUUAUGUGUUCCUGGGGCCAACUCCAGAGCUCGUCACUCAGCAGUACACAGAGUUGAUUGGUCGGCCUGUGAUGGUCCCCUACUGGUCCCUGGGGUUCCAGCUGUGUCGCUAUGGAUACGAGAAUGACUCUGAGAUUGCCAGCUUGUAUGACGACAUGGUGGCUGCUCAGAUCCCCUACGACGUGCAGUACUCUGACAUUGACUACAUGGAGCGGCAGCUGGACUUCACCCUCAGCCCCAAGUUCUCCGGGUUCCCAGACCUGAUCAACCGCAUGAGGGCCGAUGGCAUGCGGGUCAUCCUCAUUCUGGAUCCAGCCAUCUCUGGCAACGAGACGCAGCCCUACCCUGCCUUCACUCGAGGUGUGGAGGAUGACGUCUUCAUCAGAUUCCCCAAUGGUGGAGACAUCGUCUGGGGAAAGGUCUGGCCUGAUUACCCUAAUAUAACUGUGGACAGCUCUCUAGACUGGGACAGUCAAGUGGAGCAAUACAGAGCCUAUGUGGCCUUCCCAGACUUUUUCCGCAAUUCAACUGCCACAUGGUGGAAGAGGGAGAUGGCAGAACUCUACAACAACCCCCGGAAUCCAGAGAAGAGCUUGAAGUUUGAUGGCAUGUGGAUUGAUAUGAAUGAGCCCUCGAGCUUUGUGAAUGGAGCAGUCCCUUCUGGCUGCAGUGACGCUGCUCUGAACCAUCCUCCCUACAUGCCACACGUGGAGGGCAGGGACAGGGGCCUGAGCAGCAAGACUCUGUGCAUGGAGAGCGAGCAGAUCCUGCCUGACGGCUCGCGGGUGCGGCACUAUGACGUGCACAGCCUGUACGGGUGGUCCCAGACCAGGCCCACCUAUGAAGCCGUGCAGGAGGUGACGGGAGAGAGAGGGAUCGUCAUCACGCGCUCCACCUUCCCCUCUUCUGGCCGCUGGGCGGGACACUGGCUGGGAGACAACACGGCUGCGUGGGACCAGCUGGGCAAAUCCAUCAUUGGCAUGAUGGAGUUCAGCCUCUUUGGCAUAUCCUACACCGGGGCAGAUAUCUGUGGGUUCUUUCAAGAUGCUGAAUAUGAGAUGUGUGCUCGCUGGAUGCAGCUGGGAGCCUUUUACCCCUUCUCCAGGAACCACAACACCAUUGGGACCAGGAGACAAGACCCUGUGUCCUGGGACGAUGCCUUUGUGAAUAUUUCCCGAAGUGUGGUGCAGACCAGAUACACCCUGCUGCCCUAUCUGUACACGUUGAUGCACAAGGCCCACACGGAGGGCACCACUGUCGUGCGGCCGCUUCUCCACGAGUUUGUGUCAGAUCGGGAGACCUGGGAUGUAGACAGUCAGUUCCUGCUGGGUCCUGCCUUCCUGGUCAGCCCUGUGCUUCAGCCGGGUGCCAGGAAUGUCACUGCAUAUUUCCCUAGAGCUCCCUGGUAUGAUUACUACACAGGUGCAAAUAUUAACACAACAGGGACAUGGAACACCUUGCCAGCCCCCCUUGACCACAUUAAUCUUCAUGUCCGUGGGGGCUACAUCCUGCCCACACAGGAGCCUGCCCUGAACACCCACUUAAGCCGGAAGAAUCCUCUUGGCCUUAUCAUUGCCCUGGAUGAGCACAAAGAGGCAAAAGGAGAACUGUUCUGGGAUGAUGGGCAGUCGAAGGACACUGUGGCCACUGAUGUCUAUGUUUUAUGUGAAUUUUCUGCCACUCAAAACCACUUGGAUGUGACUAUUUCAAAAUCAACCUACAAAGACCCCAAUAAUUUAGCAUUUAAGGAAAUUAAAAUCUUUGGGACACAGGCACUUUACAAUGUUACAGUAAAACACAAUGGUGUCCUAAGUCAAAUGUCUCCUCAAGUCGCCUAUGAUCCUAAACUGAAGGUUGCCACUAUCACAAAUAUCAAUCUUCUACUGGGAGAAGCUUACGCUGUUGAGUGGGACAUCAACAUAAGGGAUGAGGAGAAAAUUGACUGUUACCCUGAUGAGCAUGGCCUUUCUGAAGCAAACUGCAUUGCCCGCGGCUGUGUGUGGGAGGAAUCCACCACUGCUGGCGUCCCUCACUGCUUCAUUGUCAAUGACCUGUACUCUGUCAGCAAUAUUCAGUAUGAUUCACAUGGGGCCACAGCUGACAUCUCCUUAAAGGCUUCUCUGUAUGGCGAUGCCUUCCCCUCCACACCUGUGAACCCCCUUCGCCUGCAAGUGACCUACCACAAGACUGCCAUGCUGCAGUUCAAGAUUUAUGAUCCCAACAGCCAACGGUAUGAAGUCCCAGUCCCUCUCAAUGUCCCCAGUGCUCCAUCUGGCACCCCUGACAGCCGGCUCUAUGAUGUCCUCAUCAAGCAGAAUCCGUUUGGCAUUGAAAUUCGCCGGAAGAGUACAGGCUCCGUGAUCUGGGACUCUCAGCUCCUGGGCUUCACCUUCAACGACAUGUUCAUCCGCAUCUCCACCCGCCUACCCUCCACCUACAUCUACGGCUUUGGGGAGAACGAGCAUAGGACCUUUAGGCAAGACCUGAACUGGCACACGUGGGGCAUGUUUUCCAGGGACGAGCCCCCAGGGUACAAGAAGAAUUCCUAUGGUGUCCAUCCCUACUACCUGGGGCUGGAGGAGGAUGGCAGUGCCCACGGAGUCUUCCUGCUGAACAGCAACGCCAUGGAUGUGACCUUCCAGCCCCUGCCUGCCCUGACGUAUCGUACCACAGGAGGAAUUCUGGACUUUUAUGUGUUCUUGGGACCAACUCCAGAGCUUGUGACCCAGCAGUACACAGAGUUGAUUGGUCGGCCUGUGAUGGUCCCUUACUGGUCCCUGGGGUUCCAGCUGUGUCGCUAUGGAUACGAGAAUGACUCUGAGAUCGCCAGCUUGUAUGACGACAUGGUGGCUGCCCAGAUCCCCUACGACGUGCAGUACUCUGACAUCGACUACAUGGAGCGGCAGCUGGACUUCACCCUCAGCCCCAAGUUCUCCGGGUUCCCAGACCUCAUCAACCGCAUGAGGGCCGACGGCAUGCGGGUCAUCCUCAUCCUGGAUCCAGCCAUCUCUGGCAAUGAGACGCAGCCCUACCCUGCCUUCACUCGAGGUUUGGAGGAUGAGGUCUUCAUCACAUACCCUAAUGGUGGAGGCAUUGUCUGGGGAAAGGUCUGGCCUGAUUACCCUAAUGUAACUGUGGACAGCUCUCUAGACUGGGACAGUCAAUUGGAGCAAUACCGGGCUUAUGUGGCCUUCCCAGACUUUUUCCGCAAUUCAACUGCCACAUGGUGGAAGAGGGAGAUGGCAGAACUCUACAACAACCCCCGGAAUCCAGAGAAGAGCUUGAAGUUUGAUGGCAUGUGGAUUGAUAUGAAUGAGCCCGCGAGCUUUGUGAACGGAGCAGUUCCUUCUGGCUGCAGCGAUGCGUCUCUGAACCAUCCUCCCUACAUGCCACACGUGGAAGGCAGGGACAGGGGCCUGAGCAGCAAGACUCUGUGCAUGGAGAGCGAGCAGAUCCUGCCUGACGGCUCGCGGGUGCGGCACUAUGACGUGCACAGCCUGUACGGGUGGUCCCAGACCAGGCCCACCUAUGAAGCCAUGCAGGAGGUGACAGGAGAGAGAGGGAUCGUCAUCACGCGCUCCACCUUCCCCUCUUCUGGCCGCUGGGCAGGACACUGGCUGGGAGACAACACGGCUGCGUGGGACCAGCUGGGCAAAUCCAUCAUUGGCAUGAUGGAGUUCAGCCUCUUUGGCAUAUCCUACACCGGGGCAGAUAUCUGUGGGUUCUUUCAAGAUGCUGAAUAUGAGAUGUGUGCUCGCUGGAUGCAGCUGGGAGCCUUUUACCCCUUCUCCAGGAACCACAACACCAUUGGGACCAGGAGACAAGACCCUGUGUCCUGGGACGAUGCCUUUGUGAAUAUUUCCCGAAGUGUGGUGCAGACCAGAUACACCCUGCUGCCCUAUCUGUACACGUUGAUGCACAAGGCCCACACGGAGGGCACCACUGUCGUGCGGCCGCUUCUCCACGAGUUUGUGUCAGAUAGAGAGACCUGGAAUAUCGACAAGCAGUUCCUUCUAGGUCCAGCCUUCCUGGUCAGCCCUGUGGUGGAGCCUAAUGCGAGAACUGUCUCUGCGUACUUCCCUAGAGCCCGCUGGUAUGACUACUAUACAGGUGUGGAUAUUAAUGCAAAGGGACAGUGGAGGACCUUGCCAGCUCCCCUGGAGCACAUUAAUCUUCACGUCCGUGGAGGCUACAUCCUGCCCUGGCAAGAGCAUGCCCUGAACACACACUUAAGCCGGAAGAAUUCCCUGGGACUCAUUGUUGCCUUGGACUAUAGGCGAGAAGCGAAAGGAGAGCUGUACUGGGAUGACGGUGUGUCUAAAGAUGCUGUAACGGAAAAGAAGUAUAUUCUGUAUGAAUUCUCUGUUACUUCUAAUUGUUUGCAGGCAAAGCUUAUAAAUAACAACUAUGUGGACCCUUACAACCUAAAAUUUACAGAUAUCAAAAUCUUGGGCAUGGACAAGAAACCCAUGAAUGUCAAAGUGUUGGUCAACAAUAUUGCCACUAAUAUUUCUGAUGACGUCUACAAUGCUUCAACAAAGGUGGUAACAUUAACGAACCUCAAGAAUCUGAAACUAGGACAAGAAUUCUCCAUUGAGUGGACUCUUCCAGUCAGUGACCUGGAGAAAUUUAACUGCUACCCUGAGGGUCCUGAUGCCUCUGAGGAGAUUUGUAGGCAGCGAGGGUGCCUUUGGGAGAACACAGAUAAGACUGGAGUGCCUACCUGCUUCUAUGACUCCCUGCCAAACUAUGCCGCCAGUAACAUUCAGUACCAUCCCACGGGCAUCACGGUGGACCUUACCCUCCUAACAGUGCCAGCAUCUGCACGGGCAGCAGCUCCACCACCGCCACCCCUGGCAGCAGCAGCGGCAGCACCCACUGUCGUCUCCGAUCCUUUCUCUGGAAAGAUCAGCUCUCUCAAACUUCGUGUGACCUACCAUACAGAAAGCAUGCUACAGUUUAAGAUCUAUGAUCCCACAAAUAAAAGGUAUGAGGUCCCAGUACACCUGAACACCCCUCCUUCACCAGUUGACGCCCCUGAAAUCUGCCUUUAUGAUGUCAGGAUUCACAAUCAUCCUUUUGGAAUCCAAAUCCUGCGGAGGAAUUCCAGCACGGUGAUAUGGGACUCCCAGCUCCCUGGCUUCACCUUCAAUGACAUGUUCCUUUCCAUUUCAACUCGCCUCCCCUCUCAGUACAUCUAUGGCUUUGGGGAAACUGAGCACACAGAUUUCAGAAGAAACAUGACUUGGAACACAUGGGGAAUGUUUGCUCGUGAUGAGCCACCAGCAUAUAAGAAGAACGCCUAUGGUGUCCACCCCUACUAUAUGGCAUUAGAUGGAGAUGGUAAUGCCCACGGGGUACUUCUGUUGAACAGCAAUGCCAUGGAUGUGACACUUCAGCCCACCCCUGCCCUGACAUACCGCACCACAGGAGGGAUUUUGGACUUUUAUAUGGUUUUGGGACCAACCCCUGAACUUGUAACACAGCAAUACACUGAGUUGAUAGGUCGGCCAGCAAUGAUUCCAUACUGGGCCUUGGGAUUCCAGCUGAGUCGCCAUGGAUAUCAGGGUGAUGAUGAAAUCUCCAGUUUGUAUGAAGACAUGAUGGCGGCCCAGAUUCCCUAUGAUGUCCAGCAUGUCGACAUCGAUUACAUGGACCGGAAGCUGGAUUUCACCCUCAGCCCUAGCUUUCAAAACCUCAGUCUGCUGAUUGAUCAAAUGAAGAAUGAUGGCAUGAGAUUUAUACUCAUUCUGAACCCAGCCAUUUCAGGCAACGAGACGCACUACCUCACUUUUACUAGAGGACAGCAAAGCAAUGUGUUCAUCAGAUGGCCUGACACCAAUGACACUGUCUGGGGGAAGGUUUGGCCUGAGCUGCCUGAUGUGACUGUGGAUGAAUCACUUGACCAUGAAAGUCAGGUUAAGCUGUACAGAGCCCACGUGGCUUUUCCCGACUUCUUGCGUAACAGCACGGCUGCGUGGUGGAAGAAAGAGAUAGAAGAACUCUAUGCCAACCCCCGAGAGCCGAAAAAGAGCUUGCAGUUUGAUGGAUUGUGGAUUGAUAUGAAUGAGCCAUUGAACUUUGUGAAUGGAUCUGUUGGGGGCUGCCGCAACAAAACUCUUAAUAACCCCCCCUACGUGCCGUACGUGGAGGGCAGGGACAGGGGCCUGAGCAGCAAGACUCUGUGCAUGGAGAGCGAGCAGAUCCUGCCUGACGGCUCGCGGGUGCGGCACUAUGACGUGCACAGCCUGUACGGGUGGUCCCAGACCAGGCCCACCUAUGAAGCGGUGCAGGAGGUGACAGGAGAGAGAGGGAUCGUCAUCACGCGCUCCACCUUCCCCUCUUCUGGCCGCUGGGCGGGACACUGGCUGGGAGACAACAUGGCUGCGUGGGACCAGCUGGGCAAAUCCAUCGUCGGGAUGAUGGAGUUCAGUCUCUUUGGAAUACCCUAUACAGGAGCAGACAUCUGUGGCUUCCUUGGGGAUGCUGAGUAUGAGAUGUGUGUUCGCUGGAUGCAGCUGGGAGCCUUUUAUCCACUUGCCAGAAACCACAACACCAUCGGGACCAGGAGACAAGAUCCUGUGGCCUGGAAUUCAACCUUUGAGGCGUACUCAAGAAAAGUCCUGCAGACCAGAUACACCCUGCUUCCUUAUCUCUACACUCUGGUGCACAGAGCUCACACUGAAGGCAGCACUGUCGUCCGCCCGCUUCUCCACGAGUUCAUAGAUGACAGCGUAACAUGGGAUAUAGAUCGCCAGUUCAUGUUGGGCCCGGCCAUCAUGAUCAGCCCUGUUCUGGAAAAAGAUACUUUUGAGAUCACUGCUUAUUUCCCCAAAGCCCUUUGGUAUGAUUACAGCACAGAACUUGGCCAACAAUCUAGAGGUGAGAAUAAAAUCCUGAAGGCUCCUCUGGACCAUAUCAACCUUCAUGUCAGAGGAGGUUACAUUCUGCCUUGGCAAGAACCUGGAAUGAACACUCAUUCCAGUCGACAAAAUUUUAUGGGAUUGACUGUUGCUUUGGAUGACAAUGGGAAGGCUGAAGGUCAGCUGUUUUGGGAUGAUGGACAAAGCAUUGGUAGCUAUGAAAGUGGAAACUAUUUUUUGGCUAACUUCACAGCAGCACAAAACAUCUUGAAAAUUCAGAUAAUACAUAAUCAGUAUCUGAAUGAUUUCAACCCACUAAAAGUUGGAUAUAUUAAAAUUUGGGGUGUCAUUUCUACUUAUGUGACACAAGUCAAUUUCACCUACAAUAACCAGAAAUUCAUGGACACCAAUUUCACAACUGACCCCUUCAAUCAGCAUGAAUGGUCUUUCCAGAAGACUGGAGAUCAAUGA